AUGAGUAAAGCAGAUGUGGAGUGUGUAACAGCCGACAGCCUCGUGUGGCGGUGCCAACCCUGUGGGUCCGAGCGACGCAAGAGCAUGAGGUUCGAGUCUCAAUCAUUGGAGGGGAAACUCACCCUUGAAGAUAUCAUGAAAAAAAUUCUCGAAAUGGAACAAGAACUCCUGGAAGGUCGAAUAGAAGAACAGGAGCAGUACUCCAGAAGAAAUACUGUUGAGAUCUAUGGCGUCCCGCAGGAGAAGAAUGAAGACGUCGUCUCUGUGGUGAAGGAAGUGGGAAAGGCCUUAGAUAUGGAUAUAACCAGAUCUAUGAUCGAUGCCUGUCACCGUUUGGGAAAUAAGUCUGGUCCCAACAACUUGCCACCGAGGAUCAUCGUUAAAUUCGUCAGCCGACUAGAUAAAGAAGAAUUCCUGAGGAAACGGAGGGUCAAAAGCAGCUUUUCUACUCGGCAUAUGAACCUGGGGGUAGACCAGCCGGUCUACAUCAACGAGUCCCUGACGCUGACGAGGAGGAAGCUUCUGGGCGAGGCGAGAAGGUUGAAGCGGGAGAAGAACUACAAGUUCCUGUGGGUCCGCAACGGCAAGAUCUUCUUACGGAGGGAGGAAUCUGCUCGAGUAGUCCAUGUAACUUGCCAGGCUGACUUAAGCAAGGUAUAG